ACGGCCAACCCUGUUUCGUUGACAUUUCGUCGUUUUCGGUGGAGAGCGUAAAAUUAGCUUAUUUUUAUGUUUUAAUUGCAAUUAAUUAACGCGCUCACUGUGACUACGUGUAAUUAGAUAGUGAUAUGUGUAGAGAGUAGACAUUGUGCUAUUUAUUUGUGUAAGAUAAUUGUAUGUGCUAACACUAUGGCAUUUACUGCGGAGGAAGUCGCGAGACGCUAUCCGAUCCACUGGUUAGUGUGGAAUAAUCAUCAUGAAGAGCUAAAAGCUCAUCUGGAUGGUAACAAGUUCACACAAGAAGAACUAGAAUCCAAAGACUGUAGAGGCCGCACUCCUCUGUUGCUGGCAGUGACGCUCGGCCACUUGGAGACCACACGCGUGCUCAUUGAGGCUGGAGCUGAUGUCAACUGUGAGAAGGAUGGCUGGACUGCGGUCCAAGAAGCCACGUCCACGGGUAACCCGGAGCUGCUGUCGAUGGUGCUGUCCCGGCGAGACUACCAGCGCCACGUGCUGCGCUCCGGUGGUAUACCGGACCUACUGCGCCGGCUCAGUCUCGCGCCAGACUUCUAUGUCGAGAUGAAGUGGGAGUUCACUAGUUGGGUGCCCCUAGUAUCACGCAUGUGUCCGUUCGACACGUACAAGGUGUACAAGCGCGGCGGGAACGUGCGCGUCGACACCACACUGGUCGGGUUCGACAACAACCGCUGGCAGAGGGGAGACCGGACCUAUAUAUUUAGAGGACAGGGUCGUACAGCAAGUUUAAUGGAGUUAGACCAUGAGCUCGGUACAUCAUGGUGUGAGUACUUGGAGCCGAUGUCCGGAGACAGAGAGUGGCCGGCGCCGCCCCCCCACGUCAUCGAGCAACGCCUGGCCGCGCCGCUAGCUAUCAACUACUUGGAUACAGACAAAAUUAGCUUCGAAAGAAAUAAGAGUGGCAUAUGGGGCUGGAGACAGGACAAGACAGAGAACGUGAACGGUUACGAGUGCAAAGUGUUCGGAGCUAACAACGUGGAGCUCGUGUCGAAGACUCGCACGGAGCACGUGAAGGGCGCGGGCCCGGGGGGCGCACGCCCCGCGCACUCCGCGCCUCGGGCUCCACUGGCGGGGCUACUGGCACUCGCAGACCCUGAGGCACACUCGCCUUUGUUACCCGAGAAGCCACUACUACAGGACGAGUCUCCGAGUCCCCGCAGCAGUAGGUCCCGCGAGGACCUGUCGUACAUCCCGGUGACCUGGCAGGAGUACUUCUCCGACGCGGAGCUCGACCGGGACAUCGGCAGGCCGCGGGAGGUGGCCACCAAGGUGCAGAAGUUCAAAGCUACGCUGUGGCUCUGUGAGGAUUAUCCUUUAGAGUUACAAGAACAAAUAAUGCCGAUCCUCGACCUGAUGGCCGCGAUAUCGUCACCACACUUCGCUAAGCUAAAAGAUUUCGUCCAAAUGCAGCUACCAGCCGGAUUCCCUGUUAAAAUUGAAAUCCCCCUCUUCCACGUGCUAAACGCGCGCAUCACAUUCGGCAACAUAUUCGCGACGGAGACCCCCGUCCCCUACAUAGAGUGUAUACAAGAGGGGGACCGACUGUCGUGCGUGGUGGACGACCAGUGCUUCGCCGUGGGCCGCGGGUACCGGGACUCGGCCGGGCCCGACGACCGCCUCGCCUGCGGAGUCGAUGACGAGGAGGGGCUGCUGCAGUAUGCUAUACAGCAGAGCUUGAUGGAGACUGGCACGCAGGAUGAUCAGGUGGACGUGUGGGAGGCGCUGCGCGGCGCCCGGCCGGCGUCCCCCGGCCGACCGCGGACACUCGAACACGACACGCAUCUACUCGCACACGAGGAACGACAGCUGCAGAGAGCGAUAGAAGCGUCUCUCGCGUCGGUGUCACUGACCUCGCCGACCUCGCCCGAAGCUCCCAUAGUGGAAGAUGAACUGGAUCUCGACACCGAUGGGGACGCGGAGCUUGCAGCCGCUUUAGCGCUGUCGGCGAGAGAACAAGCCUCCAGAGAUAUGCAGCUUGCAGCGGAACAGCGGGCGUUCGAUGAAGCGCUGCGGUUGUCGCUGCUCGAUAAGUAAUGGUUUAGAUCUCAAUUCGACAAAAGUAUGUAUGAAGCGUCCAACCAAAAUAAGACUUACGCCUAACGUACUUGUAGUAAGUAGAUACAAUUUAUACUUCACAGUCGGGUCCUUGUGUUAACCCCAAUUUGUUUCUAAAGUACAUACGAUAACAACCAUUAUUAUAAAGAGCAUAGAACUCAAUAUUGAUCGUUUUAUUAGAGGUAAUAAAGGAGCUUUUUGUUUGUAACAAUUUGGGCUUACACAGGACUGUGACUCCUUAGAUUUUUGACUGUAGAAUAUUUAUUGGUCGUUAUGUAAUUAAUUAUUAUAUUAUUGUACAUUUAUUAUGUUGUGUAUGUAUACAAAAUACACUAAGUACGGCCACAAGCUAAGUACACUCGACGAAGUUGAUUGGUGACUAGCAAUACAUUUAUAAAGAACUAGCGACACGCCCUAGCUUUGCAAGGGUGCAAUGGUAAUAUAAUAUGCAUUUGUAUAAUAUAAAUCUUCCUCUUGAAUCACUCUAUCUAUUAAAGGUGCUAUCCCAGUAUGCAAGCUAUUAAUAUUUUGAAGUUUAUAAUGUUAUCUGCGGUUGAUUACAGUUGACACCUAUACAUAAAAAAUGAAUACUGAAUGACGUUUUCCUGAUAUUUAUCUUGACGUUUUUCUAUUUACAUGACGAAAGACUAUUUCCAUUCAUGUCAUACUAUCGAAUUAUCAUUUUAGUUCAAAAAUAAUGUUGCUUAGUCACCAACUACUUUGUCGAUUGUACAUUCGUAUUUGGUAUCGCUACACGAGUGAGAUUUAAUUGUAAAUUAAUAAAAAAGUAAUGAAAAACCAAGGAAUUGUUCCCACAGUUACAUAUUAUUUAAUGAGCGUUGUAUUAAUGUGUCCGUAAUUGUAAAAAUCUUCGUCCAGUUUCUUUAUUUAUCUUUCUUUUUUAAAAUUAUGUCAAAAUUGUUGGUAUUGUCGUGGUAAAGUAAGCAUUUAACCGCCAAAACGACUCGGCUUUAUAUUUAAAUUAUUUAUUUUAGUUAAAUUGCACACACAAUGUACAGUUUUAGUACAUACUGUAAUUUCAAUUGCUCGUAAACUUAUUUCUUUAAUUAAUUUUAAUAUUUAUUUAUUAUAUUUCCAGUCCAAUGAAAUGUAUUUAAUUAGGAAAAUUUUAUUGUUUUACCUGUAAAAAUAUGGCAAAUGGUUUACAGGGAGACCUAGAAACAGCAUUUUACACUUAAUAUGAAAUACAUAACAGUCACAAAACUAGCAUUCGUUACAAAAGAACGCAUCAAUCACAACGUAAUUCUAUAUACAGUAAGACUUAUUUAAAACAAUAUUAUAACUCGGCAUUCAAUUCUAAAAAAUCUUCAAUGAUUUUGUGCUCACGAGAUGGCGUUAGUGAGACGUAAAGUCCAAAUUAAAUCUAACUACCGCAUUAGAUACAUUUAAUGGUUACUUAACCCAGUCCUUAGCAAUUGUUUUCGGAAUAAUAUCGUUACUAAGGAAUAGUUUAAGUAAUCAUUAAAUGUCUCUGAGUGUCCUUUUACUACACUAGCGCCACUCAUCAAUGGAAAUCUUAGUUAAACAAGUAUUCGUAUUGUUCUCAAUUAUUAUAUUAAAUUAGUACUAUUAUUAAUAAUACGUUAGUCUUGACUUGGCAACACUUUGCCUAGGAUUAGUGUCCAGUGCAAUAAUUACGUUAUACUUAAAUGUUUAUAUUUUUAAAACUAUAUUGAUUCCUAUCUACGUCCUCGGUGUUGAUGAAGUUUAACCCUUAUUGUGGAUGUUAUAAGGUAAAUAUUUGAAUAGCAAUGACGUUUGGUGUGAUUAGCAUAAUUAAAUCGACCCAUGUAUAUAGUCCUAGUGUUUGUAAUGGACUAUGUGGAAUUUUGUGAUACUUAUAACCGUAUUUAAACUUGUAUGUUAACCUACAUUAUAGAUCCAAACUGCCAAGCAAAAAUCCCCUUUCCCUAUUCUUGAUACUAUUGAAAUAAAGUACAUUUUUGCUUGGCUGUAGUAUUUUUGCACCAAUAUGUGCUGAACUCUCAAACGCUGAUUUUGUGUCUCCAUUGAAGUCUUGGAUUAAUUGGUUGUUUGGGGGUUCGGCGUUUAGAUGAUUAUUAGACGAGUUAAUAUUCUAGUGCAGGGUUUACAAAUCUUUUAUAUCUCUAUUUAAACAUGCAUUUCAUCGGACUAGCGAGAAUGAGAUUACUCAAAUGCUGAGAUCACGGACUCCAUGGAAAUUAACACAAAAUUAAUGCAUUUUAUAUCAUGCAUCGGAUGCAGUAAAUUAGUGAUCAGGGUCACAAAUCUCUUUAACUUGCUAUAUGAAUUCAUUCUCCUAAAAAUAAUAAAAAAGGAAAGGAAAAAUCCCAGUCUUUAGAGUUAAAUCUAAUAGCCGCGCCUUACAUGAGUAGGAUCAUGUUUAUUUCCUUCUGUUUAACUAAACAUCACAGGUCAAUUUGGUUAAAUCCAAUGUAUCCGAAUACGUGUGAACCUUGCACUAGAAUAAUUAUGAAUGUAUUGUAAUAAUAAAUAUAUUAUUAAACAGUUUCGAUGACGUAACUUAGUAUAUAAUAAUAAUAAUAGCAUUUGUUAAAACGUCCACACUACGUUCAGACUCCAAGAAAGUACACCAAAUUAAGGAAAGUAAUAAAUUUUGGACCUUAUUUGUCUUGUAAUGAAGUUGCAAAUCGAUUAUUGUUUUUUCUCCAUUGUAAUUUCUGUAACCUAUGUAUUUCUUUUAUGGUGCUUAACUUUCGAAAGCAAAGCGUUAUAGGAAUGGUAGACAUCACAAUUUACAAAUGGGUGUUUCUUCGAAAAAAUAACAAAUAAUAUCUUAAAGAAUUAUUAUAUGUUAAUUAAAUCUAGAUACUAAAAAAGCUACUCUAUUGUCGUACUUAAAUAUUAUGCUAUCUCUAUCACUUUUAAAAUGAUACAUAUUUUUCAGAUUGUCUUAAAAUUUAAUUUCGUUUGAGUAUUUGAACAAUGUUAAUGUUUAAAAGCAUUGAGAGGGCUAGUUUUUAAAAUUGUAAUUUGAGUUUUAACAUCUGUACCUUUAAUACGAGUUUGUUUUACGAGUUCGUUCAACAAAAACGUA